AUAAUCACCCAACUUCCAAGACUAGUCUAGGUGAUCCACGGAGGAGUACGUCCGUGCAAUCUAAGUCACUCCUCUCUUUCUCAUCAUAAUAUGUACUCUAUAUAUAAGUAUUCCCUCGUUUCUCUCCCCUUAAUCCUCACUUUCUAGUCAUCAACUCCUGCACCUCCAGCGCUACUUCGCUUUCCUUCCUCUGACAAUCAUGGUACAAACUAAGAAGUUCAGAGGAGUCAGGCAACGCCAUUGGGGUUCUUGGGUAUCUGAGAUUCGCCAUCCUCUGCUGAAGAGGAGGGUUUGGCUGGGGACGUUUGAGACUGCAGAAGAGGCAGCCAGGGCAUAUGAUGAAGCAGCAGUUUUAAUGAGCGGACGAAAUGCAAAAACCAACUUCCCAGUCCAAAUGAACCAGACUGCCAAUACUGAUCAUGCCUCCUCUUCCAAUCUAUCAUCGUCAUCAUCAUCUGCUGCUCUCUCGGCGGUCCUAGGUGCAAAGCUUCGCAAGUGUUGCAAAUCACCAUCUCCUUCGCUCACUUGCCUAAGGCUUGACACCGAGAAUUCCCAUAUUGGGGUUUGGCAAAAGCGAGCCGGGGCGCGUCCAGAUUCCAAUUGGGUGAUGACUGUUGAUCUUCGCAUGAAGGCUAGUGAUCGUAGUGAUACUAGUACUAAUAACGUUAAUGAUCAUCAGCAAUGUCCAAGCUUCAAGCGGGCAAUACCCCCGGAGACCACCACCACCACCAAUACCACCACCACCACCACUUCAUCAUCAUCACAGGGAGACUCCUUGGAUGAAGAGCAGAGGAUUGCACUGCAGAUGAUUGAGGAACUCCUGAACAGAAACUAAUGAAGAUCUCUUAGUAUAUGAUGUCAAUUAUAGUAAGUGUUGAUGCGUUAGUCUGUGGGGGGCUAAUAGCUGAUUCCAUGUGCAGAGCCCUGUCAUUGAUGUAUGCUUUUCUUACCACUUACCGGUCGGGGCUUACUUUUGUUGUGAUGCUUCGAGACUGGGAUGAGUUAUAGACUAUACAUAAAAAAAGUUGUUCACAAA